GAAAUGCCUUCUUUAUAGAGAUCCACAAAACCGCCACUCACUCUGUAACAGCGAACCGAGCUCUCCUCUGGUCUUUCUCAGUGACUUUUCCAUCUCCAGCUUUGUACGGUUCCCUCCCAACCACCGCACCCCGUCGACCAUCCUCACACGCGCCACCAAUAUGACAUCCACCAUCUUCGCCACUCGCCGCCCAUGGCGCGAAUUAAUUGAAUUCUCCGCCUUCGCGCGCCCAUACUCCCUCGGCGAUACCACAAUCCGCAUAAAACGGAACCUCUCCUACUUCAGCGUUAAUUACACAAUGAUAAUCCUCUCUAUCCUCUUCUUAAGUCUCUUAUGGCACACUCUCUCAAUGAUUGUCUUCUUAAUCGUCUUCGUCGCCUGGUUUUUCCUUUACUUCUUUCGUGACCAGCCAUUGGUGAUUUUACACCGCACGAUUGAUGAUCGUGUGGUGCUUGUUUUGCUCGGUGUCGCUACUAUUGUUGCUUUAAUAUUCACACACGUGUGGUUAAAUGUCUUGGUUUCGCUUUUGAUUGGAGCUGCUAUUGUUCUCUUACACGCUGUGUUUAGAAGAACUGAUGACUUGUAUUUGGACGAGCAAGAUUCGCCAUCGCCUAUCGCUCAACACACAACGGCAACUACGGUUUCCUCUGUCUCCGGAUCCGGGUGCGGGUCCGGAUCCGGAUCCGGAUCCGAUUGAAAUGUAUUAAAAUAAUUUUAAAAAAAAUUAAAAUUUAAAAUAACAUGAUUUAUACCAUAUUUUUAAACAAGCAUUGUAUCUUUUAUUGUAUUGUGAUUUAUUUAUAUUAAUAUAAAUUUAAGUGGACUUUCAAUUGUUUUACAAAUUUUAUUUUAUUUUAUUUAUUAUUAUUAAUAAAAUAAUUUUAAAAAUUAA